AUGAUUGACGAUGUUGAAAAGCUCUAUUUAGAGAAGUUACAAUAUGUAGAACAACAUGACGAGUCAAUCAAUAACAGAUUAGACCAGUUUAAGGAGAACUUAGAAGAGCGUCUACGUCAAAUACGUGCACCACUCGAACAAAUCUUAUUAAAACAAACUACAAACAAAGAAGAAUUAAGCCAUUUAAAGCAAAUGUUAGGUAGUUUGAAAACUGAAAUCGAUGAAUUACAAUGGAAAAUUGAUAUAUCAGUCAAUAAAAUUGAUCUGAAUCAAACAAUAUUGGUUAAACCAAAAGGAAAUAACAAAAAUUUGAACAGUGUACAAACUAUUAAUCCUUCGGAUUCUGUACUGUUAAAUAAUUACGCUUCUCAAAAUAUCCAUUUGUCCUAUAGACAAGAUCAGUACCCUCAAAAUCAUCUUCAUUAUCUAUCACCAACGCGGCCAGCUUACAUUAAUACAGCGCUUCCAAUAAAAUAUAACACAGCAAUGAAUGGUAGCAAUGAGCACAGUAUGUAUUGUGCUGACUCGCAUAAUACAUAUCACGCUUCGAACAACCAAAAAACAAAUCUGAUCUAUCCGCCCUAUGUUCCUUCACCUCUAAGGAGUCCAUAUCCCCAGUCAUAUUGGAGGUGUCCACCGCCAUCCACCAGAGGAUUACAAACCGGUAGUGCUUAUCAACCACCUAACCCAAUGUUAAUAAGACCGGAACCUCAGUAUCAACAAUGCUAUCCAACAGUGCCUAGUAUGAGCCCAUACAACAGUACUAAUCAGGCAACUAAUAAAGCCUUACCAUAUAUGAUGAGUAAUAUUGAUUCGUAUGAUUCUGUAAGAACAGGGAUUAAUAAUGAAGAGUCAGACAAGAAACAAACUAAUCAGUAUUCCGUAGCAAGUGAUACUUCCGCUGAUAGCAUCACAACAACGUUGUCAAAUCAAAAUCAAGCAUCUCAACAAAGCAUGGAAAUUCCACCUGAAAUAGCAGCAUCUUCAAACAAGAAUCCUCUAUCGCUAUUAUCUAAUUCGGAUUCGCAAAUAAAAGAUGUACAAAAAGUGAACCCGUAUAGUAAAUUGGUGAAGUUAUUUGCUGCUACGUCAGCUCAGUCGGAAGGAAAAAUUAUUCAGUAUAUGAAACGCAUGUUCACAUCUGUUACAAGUGGUCAUACUAAAAUCAUCAUCUUAUCUUAUCUUGAAGCUUGGUAUACUACAUCGGGAAGAGAUCUAGCGCAAUCUAUUGUCGAACUUCGAAUGCCGUUAUUGAAAAAAAUUUUAUCAGAUAAAGUUGAUGAGGAACUUCGAGCAAUUCAUGCCAUUCAAAUGUAUGUGACAGGUUCAUUUUAUCAAUCAAACCAUGUGUUUCAUGGAUGUCCACAUGUAUCUGAUUUAUUAUUUCAAAUGUUUUAUGAUCAUGGCUGUAUAAGACGAGAAGUAUUUCUUCACUGGCGUGAUCAUCCAAAUCAGAACGAACUGCCAGAACAUUCGCUUGUUGUAGAAAACACGAAACAGUUUUUCAAUAAUAUUAAUGUCGAUUUUAAGCAGUCAUGA